AUGUCGCAAUCUGAAUACACGAACCCGACCGUUGAGUACGAGGAGGCCCAGAGGAUCCAGCGACCGGCUCAGUCGAGUUCGGCAGAGGAGGCCGAGGCAGGGCAGAAGCUCGUUCCCCGUCCCGAAGAUGUGACGUCAUUCGAAACCGAAGUUCAACCCGAUCCCUCGAUUGGCACUGGCCGGUCGAGUGGGGGCAAGGGUCAAGGGGCCCACGGCAACCAGGGGAGACCUGGACGAAUGAUCGACGAGAGGGGCGAGCGGAAGUUGGAAUCGAAGAUCUCGGGCGGCAUGGCUGACCAGCGAUGA